UGGGCCCAAUGUCGAAAUACAAGGAUUGAAAACUCUCACAAAGAUUUUCCCAAAUACGAAAUCCAUCCUUCCUACAUCUGGGGUUGCAAUCUGUCUCUUCCUUUUCAUCCAACCCAUCAUCUUCACUCUUCAUCGUACACAAAACCCCCAAAAAACAUCUUCACUUAUUACUUCAUAACCUUAAUCGAUCGGUUUUUCCCCCCAGAUGAGGAAAAGGGCUCGUGUUGCACGACAUAAGGGGGGGCAUCAUGGAUUAAAUCCGAAUGAUUUCAUCAGCCGAAUGCCGGAUGAUAUACUUAUAUCUAUACUAUCGCGACUGCCGCUUAAAGAAGCGGUGACCACUAGUAACCUGUCAUCAAGAUGGAGAUACUUAUGGUGUCAAACAUAUUGUUUGGAUUUCGAUGCCAAUGAGAAGUUGGAUAAAAUAGCGGUUGAUUCCAAGUUGCGUGUUGUAGAGAGACCAAAGUAUAUCAAUUGGGUCAACCGUGUGACCCGCCAACAUAAGGGCCCAACGAUUGAUGAUUUAAGGAUUUGUUUUGAUCUUGAUAAGACUUCGAAAGGGGCCAUUGAUAAAUGGGUCGAGUUUGCAGUGUCCAAAAGAGUUCAGAAGUUAGAACUGGAUUUUUUAGAAAACGGUGAAAUGCUUCGUCAGACUCCGCGAAACUACGUUUUCCCGAUCAAGGUUUUCGAUAGAAGUUUAGGGUUGACCGUUAAACGACACGCUUUGACUUUGCCCAAAAUGGUUUGUAAAGAGACCGAAAUAAAGUCUCUUAAAUCCUUAUUUUUGAAAUGUGUUAAUGUGAGUGAAGAUACGAUUGCGAAACUCUUAACCAAUUGUCCGGCUCUACAACAGCUAUCGAUUCACGGGUCAGGGGAUUUGGUAAAUGUGAAAAUUAGUGGAAAAUCUCUUGUGUUGAAAUACUUCGAGAUAGUUUUUUGUUUUGGAGUUAAGUCCAUCGAGAUAGCGGAUUCGAAUCUUGAGUCGUUUAGCUAUCUAGGUCCCGGGAUUACUAUAAAACUCAAUAAUCUUCCAAGGCUUGAAGAAAUUUCGAUCGGUGAAGGGUAUUCAGGGUUUGAAAAUAACGUGUUUGGGCAGAUAUCGUGUUGUAUAUCUCACCUUCAGAUUCUUACACUCGACAUUUACCGUCCAGAGGAAAAUAUCAAGUUUCUUUCUUUCCCUGAACUGCCAAAACUCAAGCAAUUAAUAUUGAAAGUCGGCGCAUGGGAUGAUGAUAGUCUCCUUGCGUUCACUUCGUUGGCAAAGGCGUGCCCAAAGUUGCAGAGAUUUGUGAUACAGCUAAUCUGGAUGUCACCAGCCAAGAGAAGAAGAAAGAUAAGGCAGGUGGCUAAGCAUCCCCAUAAACACCUUCAAUUGGUCGAAAUAGUGGGCUAUUAUGGUCGUACUAGUGACGUUGAACUUGCUGUUUACUUCAUUGAAAACGCGAGUUCGCUCCAAAAGAUCAUAAUCGAUCCUCGUUAUCAGGUUUUGGAAAGAACCCCAAUUGGAAACGACCAGUUGAAGAAGGAGAAAGCCGCUAGAUCUUGUGCGAAAAAGCAGCUUGAACCAAGAACACCACAAGGUGUUGAUUUGGUUAUACUCUGAUUAACAACAGUUAUAGUUGUGUUGAAUUGGAGUCCUCAAGUGGGGUUUUUGAGCUUCAACUGUUAGUUGUCAUUUUUCUUAUUGACUGAGUUUAAAAUGUCUGAUUUUGUGGUUUAAUGGUAUGGUAUCACUGUGAGAUGAAUUUGAUGUAUUCUACAACUUGUAUUGCAUGAGUUACAUGUCAUCAUUAAAUGGUUACAUUAGUGUAAGUCCAUUUUCAAGGGACCAACUUUUCAUUCA